UUCCAUGAUGCAGGACAAUCUAUAUUUCUCAAGAGACAUAACCAACUGAAGGUUUUGUUAUCAAGAAAACUCUCACAUGAGGAUAUGUACGUAGAUAGAGACUUGCAAUACAUUCAUUGAUGGUGGAUGGGUUGCAGACAGACCCACUCUGUGACCCACCACCUUAUUUGCCAACUUUCAUCUUCUUCUUCAUUUAUUUCAUAGAGAUAGAGGAAGAAGAAGAAGAAGAAGUUUAAACUGUUUAUUGUGAAAACUUCACAAAGGUAAUGAGGUGAAGUAGAUAUGGACAAAAGCACUACACAUCUUUGGUGGGUCAUUUCCCAUUUAAUGUGCUGUGAAUUCAUGUCUCUUUCUGUGAACCAUCUUGGAAAGUCACAGAGAUUGCUUCCAUUUUAUAUGGAGGCACUCUUCCCCUCUCCUAUUGUUGCAAAGACGCCAUGGACGUUAAGUCUCCUGCUUACCAGGUCCUCUUUGUCUCGGCCGGGGCCAGCCACUCAGUUGCUCUCCUCUCUGAGAACGUUGUUUGUUGCUGGGGAAGAAAUGAAGAUGGACAACUGGGACAUGGAGAUGCAGAAGAUCGGCUAAUUCCAACGCUGCUGCAUGCUUUGGACAAUGCAGGGAUAGUUUCCAUUGUCUGUGGUGCUGAUCAUACAACUGCUUAUUCUGAGUCUAAAUUGCAAGUUUAUAGUUGGGGAUGGGGUGACUUCGGAAGGUUAGGUCAUGGUAAUUCCAGUGAUGUGUUUACUCCGCAACCAAUCAAAGCAUUACAAGGCAUCAAGAUCAAACAAAUUGCUUGUGGGGAUAGCCAUUGUUUGUCUGUUACUAUGGAUGGAGAGGUGCAAAGUUGGGGACGGAACCAAAAUGGUCAACUGGGCCUCGGCACUACUGAAGAUUCUCUUGUACCGCAAAAAAUUCAAUCCUUCCAGGGAAUUCCUGUCAAAAUGGUUGCUGCAGGUGCUGAACACACUGCUGCAGUUACAGAAGAUGGUGAGCUCUAUGGCUGGGGUUGGGGUCGGUAUGGUAAUUUAGGUUUAGGUGAUCGGAAUGACCGACUACUUCCAGAGAAGGUUUCUUCUAUCGACGGGAUUAGGAUGGUAAUUGUUGCUUGUGGAUGGCGCCAUACAAUUACCGUCUCAUCGUCUGGAAGUUUAUACACAUAUGGGUGGAGCAAAUACGGCCAAUUGGGACACGGGGACUUAGAGGAUCACCUUGUUCCACAUCAGGUGGAAGCUCUGAAACAUAACUGCAUAUCACAGAUAUCAGGUGGUUGGAGGCAUACAAUGGCGCUCACUUCUGAUGGAAAGCUUUAUGGUUGGGGAUGGAAUAAGUUUGGCCAAGUUGGUGUUGGCGAUGAUGCUGAUCACUGUUCUCCAGUACAAGUAAAAUUUCCUGAUGAACAGAAAGUUGUUAAUAUCUCUUGUGGAUGGAGGCAUACUCUUGCCGUCACGGAAAGGAAAAAUAUAUUCUCUUGGGGGAGGGGGACCAGUGGGCAACUUGGCCAUGCCGAUACUCUUGACAGGAAUACACCGAAGAUGAUAGAGAUUUUAAGUGCUGAUGGAUCUGCUUGUAAGCAGAUUGAAACAUCAAAAACAGAGGAAGUAUCAGGCAAAGCCUGGGUCUCGCCAUCAGAUCGGUAUGCGAUUGUUCCUGAUGAUAAGGUUUCAAAAGGCGGUGAUGCCAAUGUACCCGGGAAUGAUGCCAAACGUAUCAGAAUCUAAAAGUUUGUCAUAUUCCUUCUCCAUCUUCUUCUUAGAUUAAUAUCAAAUCAAUAAUAUGAGUUUGUCGUAUUCCUUUCUCGUCUCUUUGCACUGGUAUCAAGUCAAUAUAUACACAUAUUUUGUCCAAUGCUGUUACCUAUAUCCAGUUGCACUUGUGAACUACAUGAGUACAUGUUUGUGCUAUGAGUGAAUAAAAAUAAAAGAUUUUUGUGUC